AGCCGAUGUCGUCGACUAGCAACAUCGACCACCUGCCCGAUCUAGAAGUAUGUCAGUCCCGACGUUGCGGAUCGCUUCACACGGAGAAAACCCAUGCCGAUGCCUUUGCCGCCAGUUCCGGCGACACGGCAGGGAGGACGAUCACCAUGUGCUUCAAGAUUUUAGUCUCAGAUAUAAAGACAUUGUAUAACUUAUCUGUAUUUACUUUCCACUAUGCGACCCUUUGCUCAGCCGGUAUCCGGUUCAAUUUCAUCACCUGGGCCUCCCCAACCUCGACCGCCUUGACGUGACGACUCAAGCAGUCGAUCGUGAACGGGAACCAUGAGGUUCGCAUCGUCCGCCCUGCUUCUUGCGGCAACGGCCCUAGCCGCCGACCAAGGUCGUCCCAGUCUCAAGAAUGCCGUCUACAAGAACCCGAAGGCCUCGGUCGACGCGCGCGUGAAAGAUCUGCUUUCUCGCAUGACCAUCGAGGAGAAAGCAUCGCAGCUUGUCCAGGGCGAUAUCCGUAAUUGGAUGAACGAUACGACGGGUGCCUUCAACAAGACCGGUCUGGAGUGGAGCACCGAGGAUAGGGGCAGCUCGUUCUAUGUUGGCGUCGCCGUUCCCAACAAAUGGAUUUGGGAGAACAUCAAAGUCGCCCAGGACUACAUCCAAAACAGCACCUAUCUCGGCAUCCCCGCAUUUGUGCAGACAGAGGGUCUCCACGGUUUCCUGGCAUUCAAUGCCACCAUCUUCAACUCUCCGAUCGCCCAUGCUUGCUCAUGGGAUCCAGAGCUGAUUGGACAGAUGGCGGCUGCCAUUGGCAAAGAGGCGCGUGCCAUGGGCGUGAACCAAAUCUUUGCCCCGGUCGUCGACCUGGCACGCGAACUUCGCCACGGCCGCGUCGAGGAGAUGUAUGGAGAGGACGGUUUCCUUGCUGGGGAAAUGGGCCUUGCUUAUGUAAAGGGCAUUCAGGGGACGGGUGUGAGUGCCAUGGUCAAGCACUUUGCCGCCUUCGGUGUGACCGAGCAGGGUCUCAACACGGGCCCGGCUCACGGUGGCGAGAGAGAGCUCCGGACUACCUUCCUUCCUUCGUAUAAGCGGGCUAUCAUCGACGGAGGCGCCUUCUCCAUCAUGACUGCAUACCACAGCUACGACGGCAUUCCGGCCGUGGCCGAUGCCCACCUGCUGACCGACAUCCUCCGGGACGAGUGGAAGUACAAGUACUACACCAUGACCGACGCCGGCGCCUCCGACCGGCUCUGCAAGGACUUCAGGAUGUGCGCGGCGGACCCCAUCGACAAGACGGCCAUCGUCCAGUACAUCCUCCCCGCGGGUGGCGAUUCCGAGAUGGGCGGCGGCUCUUACUCGUUCGAGAAGAUCCCGGAGCUGGUGGCGAGCGGCAAGCUCGACAAGAAAAUCGUCGACACGGCUGUCUCGCGCGUCCUCAGGGCCAAGUUUGAGCUGGGCCUCUUCGAGAACCCCUUCCCCGGCGUCCCCUCGAGCGAGUGGAACAAGUCGAUCCAUACGGCCGAGCAUAUCGCGCUAGCCAAGAAGAUCGAUGAGGAAUCCAUCGUGCUGCUCGAGAACCACAACAACGUCCUUCCCCUGCGCAAGGACGCUUCCGUCGCCGUCAUCGGCCCGAUGGCGCACGGCUUCAUGAACUACGGCGACUACGUUAUCGCUAACGCCUCCACCUACGGCGUCACCCCGCUCGACGGCAUCAGAGCGGCGAGCACGGGCAAGGUCACCUACGCCAAAGGCUGCGAGCGCUGGUCCAGUUCCGAAGACGGCUUCGCCGAGGCCAUCGCAGCCGCCGAAGCCGCCGACGUCGCCGUCGUCGUAGUCGGCACCUGGAGCCGCGACCAGAACGAGCUAUGGGCAGGCCUCAACGCCACAACCGGCGAGCACGUCGACGUCAACAGCCUCCACCUAGUCGGCGCCCAGGAGCCCCUGGUGCGCGCCAUCGUCGCCACGGGCAAACCGACCGUCGUGAUCUUCUCGUCGGGCAAGCCGAUCACCGCGCCGUGGAUCUCGGAAAACGCGGCGGCGCUCGUCCAGCAGUUCUACCCCUCCGAGCAGGGCGGCGCCGCCCUGGCAUCCGUGCUCUUCGGCGACGUCAACCCCAGCGGCCGGCUCUCGGUCAGCUUCCCGCGCAGCGUGGGCGACCUGCCCGUCUACUACGACCACUGGAACUCGGGCCGGCCCGCCAGCCCGGACGCCGGCGCGGCCUACGAGAACGGCACGCUCGUCUUCGGCCACCAGUACGUGCUCGGCGACCCGCGUCCGCUGUACGAGUUUGGCUACGGCCUGAGCUACUCCUCGUUUGAGUACAGCGAUGUCCAGGUGGACAAGAGCACCGUGACCGCCAAGGAUACCGUCACGGUGAGCGUGACGGUGAAGAACACGUCGCAGAGGGACGGGAAGGAGGUGGUCCAGCUGUACAUCAAGGACGUGAUCGCCAGUGUUGUGGUGCCCAACGUCCAGCUGAAGGGGUUCCAGAAGGUGGCGCUCAAGGCGGGGGAGAGCAAGCGGGUCAGCAUCAGCGUCAAGAUGCAGGAUCUGGGCGUCUGGAACGUGAGGAUGAAGUACGUUGUCGAGCCCGGCGACUUUGUGUUCCUCGUCGGUGCGUCGAGCAACGAUUUCAGGGGGAACGUCACCGUCACCCUUAAGUGAUGUGUUACUACUAGUAGUAUAUUAUAGCUUUGCUUGCGGUAAUCA